AUUCAUAGUUUAGAAUUAAUUGAAAUAAUUCCGUGGACUCAUAAAAAUCUAUUCAAACGCACUUAAAUUCUUUAAAUAAGAUAUAAACGAUUUAGUAUAAAAUCUUGUAAGAAUUGUUAAGUUGCGGCUAAAAUCAUUGUAAAAGAAUUAUUAAUUAAUUACAAUGAUUCUAAGGACUUACAACGUUUUUAAUUGCACUUCACAUUUUUUGCUUCAAAUUAAAUACAAACGAUUGAAUAAUGUAAUUUUUUAUUUAUUAUUUGCCGGUUAACUUCAUAUGCGAAUCUAAUCGUGCUCUCCGAAACGCAUCCCGAAAGAAAUGACUGCAAUUCGAAAAUAUCAUCUACAGUGCUACUUUUUUUCUUUAUGUUUUUGGUUUUUGUUGAUGUGUGUUAAACUCAUAGCAGUCUGUAAACAUAAUCGUAACGGAAGGACGUCGAGCGAUUCAGAACGUAACUUUGCAAGUUUUGUCUUCUGAUAAAAAUGACAUUUCACAUAUUACUAACGAUACUUGGUUACUUCUACCUGUGUGUGAGUGCCGCGAAAGAUGACAGCUGUCAUUGUGGCAAGCAAAUGAACCGGAUGACCAUCUUCAGUCCCCGCAAAGAGGAAUAUUGUGCCGUAGAUAAUUCUAAAGUGACGACGACUGAUUACGCGAACGAUGGGCGAACGGGGAAGAUGGUCAAAAUUAUUGCCGGUGUAUAUUCCAUAGGAACGAAUAAUCCAGUUUUCGUAGCCGACGGAGAGGGUCCGAAACGCGAAGUACUGUUAGACAGUUUUUACAUAGACAAAUAUGAGGUGAGCAAUAAGGAAUUCGCAACUUUCGUCAGCUCCACCGGAUACGUGACAGAAGCAGAACGUUUUGGAGAUUCCUUCAUCUUUGAAGGACUUUUAUCACAGAACACAAAAAACAUGAUUAACCAAGCUGUUGCAGAAGCUCCUUGGUGGUUGCCUGUAAAGGAAGCUACAUGGAAACAUCCAGAAGGUCCUGACUCGAAUAUUACUUUCAGAAUGGACCAUCCUGUUGUUCAUGUUUCUUGGAACGAUGCAACUGCUUACUGCAGUUGGCUAAAGAAAAGAUUGCCAACUGAGGCAGAAUGGGAAGCUGCAUGCCGUGGUAAUCUCUCUGAUAGACAUUAUCCUUGGGGAAAUAAAAUAAUGCCAAAGGAUCAACACAAAGUCAACAUUUGGCAAGGUGAAUUUCCUACAAGAAACACUGCGGAAGAUGGAUACAAAAGUACAUCACCAGUUACAGCAUUCCCACAAAAUAAAUAUGGCCUGCACAAUAUUGUUGGAAAUGUUUGGGAAUGGACAUCUGAUUGGUGGAUAACAAGUCACUCACGUCAUCAGCAAACAAAUCCUACUGGUCCACCCAGCGGCACCAAUAAAGUAAAAAAAGGUGGCUCCUACCUUUGUCAUAAAAAUUAUUGCCACAGAUACAGAUGUGCAGCUCGUAGCGAAAAUACACCUGAUACAUCAGCUGGAAAUCUAGGUUUCCGGUGUGUGAUAUCAGCAUAAGGAAGACUACAUGCCAAAAGAGUUAAAGGUAAUAAAGAUUAUUGUGAAGAUUGAUGAUUGUAUUACGAAUUUAAUUUUAUAAAUAAAAUUGUACAUUUUUCUCUGUGAAA